AUGGCGACGGGAGCCGCUGCAUGGUUUCCUUUUGCCCGAGCAGCCGCAAUAGGCUGGAUGCCUGUAGCCAGUUGCCCCAUGCCACUGGCCCCAUUAGACAACAGCAAGAAACAAGACGAGCUAAUCAUGCUCAAUGUUAGCGGACGCAGAUUCCAGACCUGGAGAACCACGCUGGACCGAUAUCCUGACACACUACUGGGAAGCUCGGAGAAGGACUUUUUUUUCAACGAGGAAACCAAGGAGUAUUUCUUUGACCGCGAUCCUGAUGUCUUUCGAAGCAUCCUAAACUUUUACCGGACAGGCAAACUGCACUACCCACGCCACGAGUGCAUCUCCUCCUAUGACGAAGAGCUUACAUUCUUUGGCAUCAUUCCAGAAAUUAUUGGCGACUGCUGCUACGAAGAGUACAAAGACCGAAAACGGGAGAACUUGGACAGGCUUCAGGACGACCAAGACGAGAACAAGGACGCAAAGCUGCCUAACAUGAGCGUUCGUCAGACCAUGUGGCGGGCGUUCGAAAACCCCCACACCUCCACCAUGGCGCUUGUCUUUUACUACGUCACCGGGUUCUUCAUCGCGGCAUCGGUCAUCACCAACGUCGUGGAGACCGUGCCCUGCGGCUCCACUGCCCAUCAGAAGAACAUGCCGUGUGGCGAGAGGUACACCGUGGCCUUCUUUUGCAUGGACACAGCUUGCGUGAUGAUUUUCACCGUCGAAUACCUGCUGCGCUUGUUCGCCGCGCCGAGCCGAUACCGCUUCAUGCGCUCUGUCAUGAGUAUAAUCGACGUGGUGGCCAUCUUGCCGUACUACAUAGGCCUGGUGAUGAGCAACAACGAAGACGUGAGCGGGGCGUUCGUCACGUUGAGAGUGUUUCGAGUUUUCAGAAUCUUCAAGUUUUCGCGGCACUCGCAGGGCCUGAGGAUCUUGGGGUACACGCUCAAAAGCUGCGCCUCUGAAUUGGGGUUCCUGCUCUUUUCGCUGACUAUGGCCAUCAUCAUCUUUGCCACCGUCAUGUUCUACGCCGAGAAAGGAUCCAGCUCAAGCAAGUUUACCAGCAUUCCGGCAUCCUUCUGGUACACGAUUGUGACAAUGACAACGUUAGGGUGA